AGAUCUGUCAAUGGACGCCAAGCUUCCGCUUUCACGCGCUAGUUAUGAUUACAUGUCAAAUUAUCACUAUAUAUACGAUGUUUAAUCUGUGUGCUCAGGAUUUCUAGUAAAUUAAUCAUCUAUUGAUUCAGCAGAACUGCGCACGAGCCGUUCAGGAGCAUAGAUGUGUGUAUGUAGAAGCCACAUUGGACUACACAAUUUUGGAACAGUCUAUAUGUCGUCACUCAAAAUAAAAAUCAAUGAGUUUCAAGACGCUACAAUGUUGCGUAUCCUCUGUACGUAAAAACCGAUGCGAUGUAAAUUCCUGAAGAAGCUAGAUAAACGUUCACAGACACACAGGCCACUUGCUCUCAAGUGUUCACAGACCGGUUUUGACCAUUUGUCAUUAGACGCAGGGCCCUCGACCGAUCUGAGGAGAACGGCGAUGGAGGACCGUGCACCGCCGGUGUUCGCGUUCGGGGUCAUCGCGGACAUACAGUACGCAGAUAUAGAGGACGGUUUAAAUUAUCUGAGAACGCGCAAACGCUUCUACAGGAACAGCCUCCAGCUGCUGCGCAACGCGACGCGCCGCUGGGAAGAGCAGCACGUCAUGUGCGUCCUUCAGCUGGGGGACAUUAUUGACGGGUUUAAUAAGAGCCGCAGCGCUUCGGAACAGGCUCUAGACACCGUUAUCGGGGAGUUUGACAAGAUCUCGGUGGAUGUGCAUCACGCGUGGGGCAAUCACGAGUUUUACAACUUCUGCAGGGAAACUCUACUCGCUUCCCCGCUCAACAGCGCGGCAAAAGCCCGGAGUGGAAGUGACCUCCUAGCGGACGACAUUUACGCGUACGAGUUCAGUCCCGCCCCCGGGUUUCGGUUCGUGCUGCUGGACGCCUACGACAUCAGCAUGAUCGGGAGAGACGAGAGCAGCGAGAAACACAAACGAUCACUGAAACUGCUGCAGGAACACAACAACAACCCUGAUCUCAAUCAGCCGCCAGUAUUUGGUGGCUUGGAACAAAGGUUUGUGAAAUUUAAUGGUGGAUUCAGCCAAGAGCAGCUCCUGUGGCUUGAUGAAGUCUUAACUCUUGCUGACCAGAAACAGGAGAGAGUAACUGUCUUUAGUCAUCUCCCCGUACACCCGUAUGCCACAGACCCCAUCUGUCUGGCGUGGAACUACGACGCCAUGCGCUCCGUGCUGCGCUCUCAUAAGAGCGUGGUUUGCUUCAUGGCGGGACACGAUCAUGAUGGAGGAUAUUACAUAGAUGGGUCUGGUGUUCACCACAUCACGCUGGAGGGGGUGAUUGAAACGCGUCCAGACAGUAAUGCCUUCGGGACGGUUUAUGUCUAUGAGGACCAGAUGGUUCUAAAGGGCAACGGAAGGAUAUCAGACAUGGUUCUCAAGUAUCCAUGAGUGGAAAUCAUUUAUGAACUGACAGGAGAUAAGAUUAUUGUCAAUGAUUGAUGGAAUGGAAAAUAAUAAACAUACAUCCUUCUGUA